AAUCUUACGUGACUUGUACCUCCAUUCGCGGUAUCAAGUCCUGCGGGCAAGUCCUAAAAGUAGCUCGGAUGCGCCCUGUGAGGUAUUGUGAUUUUUUUUUUAAUUUGUGAUGUGGACUGCUUUGCCUGAGAUGCGCUACAACAGGAGGUAACAGUGUGAGUCAGGCGCGCGCGGGAGCGAAUAAAACGGUGGAGCGGCGCGGUGAACAUCAGCGAAUCACGCGUGUCCUCUCCAAAAGGUCACCGCGGAUGGGAUUUAGGCGGCAGUUAUUUGCGCAAAGCUUUGCUCGGAGUCAAGACACACCUGACCUGACCUGGCUCUCUUGCGAUUUUGGAUAUUUUGCUGUUUCCCAAUCAUUGGAUUUCCUUUACAAGCGCAUGUGACUGUGCAGUAGAGGUGCAAUCAGAGCCGUGACUGCGCGCUUUGGUCUCUGCUCUUCAGUCCCCGUCUCUGUAUCGCGAUGGCGGCGCCGACGGCUCCUUCCUCCUCCUCCUCCUCCUCCUGCGGCGCAGAGCCCAACCCCAACACGACAAAUUUACGGCCACCUGCGUCAAGCUAUGACUGGAGUGGGGUUGCACACGGAUGCACGAGGAAGCUCGGGAUGAAGAUCUGUGGAUUUUUGCAGAAGAACAACAAUCUUGAUGAAAAGAGUCGGAUUGUGGCUUCACUGAAUGAACAGUCAUCACCACAGAAGCUGGGUUUGCAGGACUCACACUUCAGGCGUACUGAGACAGACUUCUCCAACCUGUAUGCCAGGGAUUUACUGCCUGCCAAGAACGGUGAAGAGCCUACAAUCCAGUUCCUGCUGGAAGUGGUAGAAAUCCUCACAAACUAUGUUCGGAAGACAUUUGACAGAUCCACAAAAGUGCUGGACUUCCACCAUCCACACCAGCUCCUUGAGGGUAUAGAGGGCUUUAACCUGGAGCUCUCAGACCAGCCCGAGAGCCUGGAGCAGAUUCUAGUAGACUGCAGAGACACUCUCAAAUAUGGCGUCAGGACAGGUCAUCCCAGGUUUUUUAACCAGCUGUCUACUGGGCUGGACAUCAUUGGCUUGGCUGGGGAAUGGCUCACCUCAACUGCAAACACUAAUAUGUUCACAUAUGAAAUUGCUCCAGUGUUUGUGUUGAUGGAACAGCUGACUCUGAAAAAAAUGAGGGAGAUUGUCGGCUGGCCAAAUGGAGAAGGAGAUGGAAUAUUCUCCCCAGGAGGAGCGAUCUCCAACAUGUACAGUGUGAUGAUAGCUCGCUAUAAGCAUUUCCCUGAGGUGAAGACUAAGGGCAUGAGUGCAGCCCCCAGGCUCGUGCUGCUCACUUCUGAGCAUAGUCAUUACUCCAUAAAGAAAGCCAGUGCAGUUCUUGGCUUUGGGACAGAGAACUUGAUUCUGCUGAAUACAGAUGAGAGAGGUAGAGUCAUUCCUGCUGAUCUGGAGGCCAAGGUUGUUGAUGCCAAACGCAAGGGCUACGUUCCAUUUUAUGUGAGUGCCACAGCCGGUACUACAGUUUACGGUGCUUUCGACCCCAUCAGCGAGAUUGCAGAUAUCUGUGAGAAAUAUAACAUGUGGCUCCAUGUGGAUGGAGCAUGGGGAGGUGGACUGUUGAUGUCCAGAAAGCACAGACACAAACUUCAUGGCAUUGAGAGGGCAAAUUCUGUCACAUGGAAUCCUCACAAGAUGAUGGGCGUUCCACUACAGUGCUCUGCCAUUCUGGUCAGAGAGAAGGGACUUCUGCAGGGCUGCAACUCUAUGUGUGCUGGCUAUCUUUUCCAACCGGAUAAACAGUAUGAUGUCUCCUAUGAUACUGGAGACAAGGCCAUACAGUGCGGCCGGCAUGUGGACAUCUUCAAGUUCUGGCUCAUGUGGAAGGCAAAGGGUACCAUUGGAUUUGAAAAGCAUGUAGACCGGUGUCUGGAGCUCUCAGAGUAUCUCUAUACUAAGAUCAAAAACAGAGAAGGCUUUGAGAUGGUGUUCCAGGGACAGCCUCAGCAUACUAAUGUGUGCUUCUGGUAUAUUCCACCGAGCCUGCGUGGCAUGCCAGAUGAAGAGGAGAGGAGGCAGAGGCUCCAUAAGGUGGCUCCUAAAAUCAAGGCAAUGAUGAUGGAGUGUGGCUCAACAAUGGUGGGCUACCAACCUCAGGGUGACAAGGUCAACUUCUUCAGGAUGGUCAUUUCCAACCCUGCCGCCACCAGGUCAGAUAUCGACUUCCUGAUCGAUGAGAUUGAAAGACUGGGCCUGGAUUUAUAAAAAGUGCAAUGAUAUUUUAGCUGGUUCAGAGUUCAUUGACAACAUUAUACAUCCCUGUACAAUCCCAAACAAUUUCACCAAGCAUUAGGUUGUGAUAGCAAAACUGAGAGUUGUGGUAUGGGUUUACAAUCUUGCCAUCGCUCAAAUUACUUUUAUGUGACACAUGAGCUUCUUGAUAACAGGAUUUUGUGAUCAUAGUCUAAAAAGAUUCUAUCUGUGUGAAGAAGGAAUGGCAGAUUGAACCUUAUGAAGGUCACAAUUUCAUAAAACUGUUCUGUUAAACCACUAGAAAUGAUGACAUUGAUGAACCAUAAUGCUGGCAGUGCUGAGGUUUUGAGUCAAACAUGACGUUAACACUGAUUAAAGGUUUUCUGGAAUGUUCCAUCACGAAGCUGUCAGUGAAGGUGAAGUCAUAUCAGGGCUUGUGAUCUGGGAGUAUAGCAAUUAAAAGUGAAGAUAACAGCAUCUGAACAUCUUGAAAAUCUUUCAGUGGCAUGUCCUUAUUCAAGGUGUUCCUCACAUGACCUCUUUAUUCUAUCCUCAUUGUAUCUAUCAAUUAUGUGAACUAUAUUUAAUGAUGUUAUAUAAUGAACUAUUGCACAUUAAUUUCAAAUUUCUCUGCACCAAUAUAUAGUUUAAGAAUUCAAUUAAUCAAAGUCAAAUAAUUGUUGGUUCUUAGUAUUGUCAAUGUGACUGAAUUUCACUGCAUAUUUUAGCUAUUCUGUAGAAUAAAUUAAUGGAAAAUACUUGGAUCUAAAGUACUUUAUGUAGAUUGUGUAUAUUAUAGUUAUAUGGCCUUUGUGACUAAUGUAUUACAUUACAUAGUUUUACAUUACACUGUUUAAAUAGUGUUUAACAUUUAAAUAGAAUUAUUUUCUAAAGAUUUUAUUUAUAUGAAGAGACUGUGUGAAAGAUGUCUUUUUGUCCAUUUGUAGGGUACCUUUAUUUGUAUUUGAGAGGAUCUUAUGAGUGUUUUAAAAAUGUUUUAGAGAUUUCAAUGUAUUCAUUGACCAAAGACAUAGAAGGAAGUGAUAUUUAUUUAUCAAUCACUUUUAUCUGUACUACACAAUGACCUAGGUUAAUUGAUCAGCGUGUCACAUAAAGAAAACAUGAGCACAUACAGUGUAACUUUAGUGCAAUCAGUGUGGUGUAGCUGUGAUUGUUACUAUACUUAUUGUUAUAAGUACAUAAUGAAUGUUCUAAGUAAAUUGUCUAGUUAUAGUCAAGUGAAAUGAGAAUCAGUAAAAAGCAGUGAGUUCUAGCUAAAACUGCUGGUACUUAGUAAGAUAAGCACAACAGAAUUUUACCCCUUAAAAUACAAGUGUUAUGUAUUUUAUUAGUAUGUAGAGAAGAUUUUUACUGACAUCUUAGUAAGCACAGGACUAUGUGUCCAGUCAUAGAUUAAGCCAGUUUUAAGCAUUAGUGGUGAUUAUUGAAUGUUUUUUUUUUAAAUUCUGGGACUGGGCUUAGUCUGUGUCCAGAAAACUAGGCCUGAAGGGUUCAUUCCUAAAAGGAGGCGAAGGUCAUGCUUACAUUCCUCGGUCCUGGGCAUUUAAUGUGAGCAUUAGGAGAGAUUAUGCAUUUACAGUCAGUGUUUUUGCAGACAAAAUGCUGGUUAAAGACAGGCACCUUAAACUACAGUCACACUAAGUGAACUUGUGCAGAAAUGAUGUUUAAAUACUGCAAAUAAAACACUUGAAAUCAA